UUUGCCUGUUACCUGGGAUUAUAAAAGAGAGGCAAUUUUUCGCAUCUUUGCCUUCUGGACUUAAUCUGACAAAGGACACAGUAGCCAUGAUAGCAUUUGUACUCCUUGUUUCCGUUGCGCUCUGCAGUGCUGAUUAUGACAAGAAAAAUGUAUAUCCCGGAGGGGGAGUUUAUCCACCUGUAGGAGGAGGAGUUUAUCCACCUGUAGGAGGAGGAGUUUAUCCACCUGUAGGAGGAGGUGUUUAUCCACCUGUAGGAGGAGGUGUUUAUCCACCUGUAGGAGGAGGAGUUUAUCCACCAUUUGGAAAUCGAUUUAAAUAUGGUACCUGCUCAUAUUAUGGAAACACAGAAGGAGACAACGGCAGAUCCUGUUAUAGUGAUUAUCAGUGUCCAGGAGUUCAGAAAUGCUGCUACGUCUAUUACUCCAACAGGAGAGUGUGCCAGGUUCCCCGAGAGUAUAGCAAGCCUGGAUACUGUCCAUACUAUCCUAACAGCGUCGGAGGUGGAUAUUGCAACAACGACUAUCAAUGUCCUGGAUAUCAAAAGUGCUGUAAAGGAUAUUAUGGAGAUGUAAACACCUGCACCUUCCCUAGAUACUUUGGUCAAGGUCUCCAAGGGGGAGUCGGAGGUGUCGGAGGACUCGUACCUGUCGGAGGUGUCGGAGGAGUCGGACCUGUAGGAGGUGUUGUUGGAGGACCUGGUGUUGUCGGAUCUGUCGGAGGAUUAUUACCCGGAGGCGUUUAUCCAAAAAGAAAGAGCGUGUAUUAAAUAUGCAAACUUUAUAGGACACAAGACGUAGUUUGAAAUCUUUUGUUAAAAAUGAUGCGAACGAAAACGUUACCUGUGUUUGAAUAUUUAUUGCAAAUACACGAUCUUAUGCAUUUA